CAUUUUGUCAUAUGUUGGGCUAUUUUGUAAUUUUUACUACAUAUAAAGUUCUUGAUAAGACUAGACGGAAUUUCUAUUUGUCAUAUACGCCCUUCAAAGCAAAAGUUGGCUUGGUUCAGAUAGCGAAGCAAUUUGAAUUUCUGACUUUACUGACAUAUUUACUAGAUAACGACUGUAUGCUAUUUGUAGUGGACAAACUAGAGUUACGGAACAGCAAAUUGCAUUAAACUUCCAAUAUUUCCUUGUUUCCCUUGAAAAGAUGAAAAGUUCACGUCGUGGAUUUUUCAAAAUAUUGAGAAACUACUUGCUACUUGAAAUUUCUAUUUGUUGCCAGACAAAGCACCAAGUCGUCUUUCUAGCACCAGAAGCACUGGUUGAAUGGCAGUCGAAAAUUAAAGUUUGCUAUUCUGAUAAUAGAUCAGUCCAUCAAACUUUUAAGGGCUGUUGAAAGCAAGAAAGAAGAGCACAAAUACUAUUCAUUAAGAGCAGUUUGGAGAUAUAUUCUAGAACAGCUGCGAAACUUGUUCAAGAGAAACCAACGCCAUUUGAGUGGAGUUGUUGGUCUGAAAAGGAAAAACUCUCUCGCAACUGCAGAGUUACACCACCUAGUACACAACUGACGUUUUCCUGUGCACUUGACAAAAGCAACCGACCUAUACAACUGCAAAUCUCUUUCCCGUAAACCGUCUGGAUGGAAAAACAAGUUUAGUAAAAUAAUACUCUAGAAAAUCAGUCGAUCACUCUCCAAGGAGGUCUUCUGACCCAAAAAAGACCGUGUUGAGGAAAAAAAGAAGUCUGAAAAAGGCUUCGGUCUUAUGUCGACCUUGGUCAGUUAAGAGUUCAUAGACCCCCCAUCGGGGAUAAUUUCGAAUAGCUUUUGAUGACGCUUGGUGUCCUUCAAC